AUGUUCAUCCAAACCGAGCCAACACCAAACGCCGAUGCCCUAAAGUUCAACCCCAACCAGCGCGUCCUCCCCGAAACAAUCUCCUCCCCCUUCCUCGAAUACCUAAACCCACGCUCCACACUCGCGCCACCACACCCCUCCCCGCUCGCCGCGCAACUCCUCAACAUCGACGGCGUGACCAGCGUCUUCUUCGGCGCCGACUACAUCACCGUAACCAAGGACACAUCCACACCCUGGUCGCACGUGAAGCCUGAAGUUUUCGCCCUCAUCAACGAAUACAUGACGUCCGGCCAACCCAUCGUCAACACCGUCGCCUCCAAGCCCGGCGAGCAAGGCCAAGGCGGCCAAGAAGCCGACUCAUUGGCCUACGACGAAAACGACGACGAAGUCAUCGGCAUGAUCAAAGAGUUGCUAGAUACCCGCGUCCGCCCCGCGAUCCAGGAAGACGGCGGCGACAUUGAGUUCCGCGGCUUCAACGACGGACAAGUUAUGUUGAAGCUGAGGGGCGCAUGCAGGACCUGCGAUUCGAGUACCGUGACGCUCAAGAACGGGAUCGAGAGCAUGUUGAUGCAUUAUAUUGAGGAGGUCAAGGGCGUGCAGCAGGUGCUGGACCAGGAGGAGGAGAUUGCGUUGCAGGAGUUUGCCAAAUUCGAGGAGAAGCUUAGGCAGCAGAAGGGGCCGGAUGCGACGAAGGGGACUGUGGGGAAGGGAAGUCUGGAUUAUGUGGAGUAG